AUGGGAAUCAUUGCCAGGUCUGCUCAAGAAUUGUCCAAAACCAAAAACCCUUGUUAUGAAGGGUCCCGGCCACAGGUGCUAAAGAUAUUUAGUACGUUUGGACACAUCUAUGACAACAGCGAGAUGGACGUAGAUCAGAGCAAGAAUUUCUUGGAGAAAAUGCCGUGUCUUGAACAGUUAGUAGUAGACUACAACACAUUUUAUGACAAUGCGGUGUUUGAAUCAUUCAAGAAGCUUGAGAAGAUUCCAAGAAUAGCUUCACCAAAGUGUAAGAUCUAA